ACCAGGACGAUUUAUAGAUUAUAUAAAAAUAGAUUUGUCUGAAAAGGCAGACGGAAGUACAGAUAUUUAUGACACUUUGUGGCAGUAUUUUAAUAGUCCAGGAAAUAGCACUUACUUACUUGGACUUGAUUCUCCCGCGCUGUUGUUUAGAAGUUGUUCUGCAGCUUCUUCUCAGCUUGGUCGCCUCAGGUGAAGGUUCGACAUUAGACAGAAAAAGGCGGCAUUUCCACAAUAAACCCAGGUCUGUGUGUAAAUCUAGACAAAGCACUGAGUGACAAAACGAAAGAGCAAUGGGAAGUACUCAAGAAGGGAAUUCUACGGCAGUCGUGUCACAGCCAAUGCAUCAUGACGACACUGACGGAUUCCGAGAGAAAAUGAAGAGUACAUUGAAAAAAAUAAGCUGUACAUCGAGCACUCUAUCUCCAACUAGCUCAUCGUCAGAACCAUUCGAUUUUGUUGAUAUUAGAACAGCAUUGACGACAUCUGUAGCCCAGCAGAAGGCUCAGAAUGUGUCACCAUCGCUAGAAAAUGACGUGUAUUCCUUUACUCAUCUAAAGACUGGGCUAGCCAUUAUUAUUAACAACGUUCACUUCAAUGACCCUGAACAUUUCGAAACUAGAACUGGUUCAGACUUUGACGUUGCGUCAUUGCAAAACACAUUUAACAAUUUUGGAUUUGAGGUUCAAACUCAUACAGAUGUAACAGCAUCAAGAAUCACUUGGUUACUUACUCAAGCGGCCAAAGAGUAUGACCACGCUCAAGCAGAUUGUUUGGUUUGUGUAGUGCUAACUCAUGGCUAUGAGUCGUGGGUUGAUAAAGACUGCAGGAAGAGAUUCGACCUGUUGUUUGGUGUAGAUGGAAAUAGUAUAACAUCCAAAGCUGUAGUGGAACUGUUCAAUGACAUUCAUUGUCCCCAUUUAAAAGGAAAACCCCGCCUUUUCUUCUUUCAGGCUUGUAGAGGAAGUCGACUGGACGAUGGUCAAAUCAUUGAAGUUGCUUAUACACCAAGGGGAACUGGAGUUUUGAUCAACAGCGCAUCUAGCCUUCUACAAUACGGUACGACCUAUAACUCAACAGGUCCCAUCAAUGUGUCAUCAAAGAUUUCAAGAACAAAAAGUGAUUUGCCUUGGUCACAUGUUCGUAAAAUGCCCAUCGACACGGCUGUACUCUACAAGGACAGCAUUGUGAUGUACGCUACACCUCCAGGCUUCCCAUCAUGGCGUCGAGAGGGCUCCUGGUUUAUACAAUCACUCUGUCAAGUCUUAGACAGCCCACGAGUUGGAUCUGGUCAGGUUAGCCUGUUGAAUGCACUAACACAGGUAUCAGGACUUGUUGCUCGGAACUACGAGACAUAUUCUGAGGAGGAACCUUCAUUGUGUAAAAAGAAACAACAGCCAGUUAUAUACAGCUCACUUGUCAAAGAUGUCUUUUUCAAGAGAAAGACAACAGCGUUUCCUAAGAGAAUAGGGACUUUUGUUUAAAAAGAAAUUAUUGAAUUGGAUUUAGUUAAAGGAUAACGCGUAGAUCGUAAUCAUCUUUUUUUUGAAGUAACGUCUGUAUUUUAUAAGAUAAGAAGGUAGGAUAAAAAAUCCAAUAAAGUUUUCAUUGCCUGUAAA